AUGUCCAGCCUCGUGAAGUUGGUGGUGGCCUUGCUCCCUGUUUCCUGGGGCUGCAGCUACGUGGAGAUUGCAUAUCCAGACAGUGGCAAGACGUCCUACCUCAUUCCAAGAACCAUGGAGCUGUGGGACUUGUUCAAUACCACCAAGUACAGCAUUGAUGCAGUUCCGCGAGGUGGUGGGAACAAGUUGGGUUGGCUUGCGCCGAUGAACAUCUUCCACUUUCCUCCAACCUACCAGCCUCUCAAGUGCCCCUUUGAGGGCAUGAACGAGGCUGGCCUGACGGUCUCUGCACUCUAUCUGGCGCAGUCGGUCUAUGAGCAGCCAGAGCCAGGAAAGCGGGCGAUCCCGGUGUUGGAGCUCGUCCCUGCGAUCCUCGCAAACUGCUCCACCGUCGACGAGGCCGUGAAAAUGCUCGAGGCUGUGAACGUCGUGACCGAAAGAAACCCGCACUUUCCAGACGCGGUGCUCAAGACAGCCACUUUGCACUGGGCAAUCGCGGAUCCUUCUGGACGUUCAAUUAUCGUCGAGUAUAUUCAAGGCCAGCGUAUGAUUCAUGAGAACACGCUAAGGGUCAUGACGAACGACCCAGACAUCAAGUGGCAUUGGAGGAACUUGAACACCCGCAUUCACUUGAGCCCAUCUUUUCCGUAUCAGAACGAGUUCAUGCAAGUGAAGGCGGAUGACGAGGUGGGAGUUGUCCCACGUGCAAUGGGCCAUGGCUAUAAUCUCGUCGGCCUUCCCGGAGACACGACUUCACCAAGUCGCUUCAUCCGAUUAUUUUACCUGCGCGGCUAUUCCAUGGAAGCAAUGCCCAUCAAGAGCUUUGACGACGCUGUCGUUUUGGGAACCGGACUACUCAACAAUGUCUGGAUUCCGUUUGGCCCCGCCGCCAAGGAUCCCAGAGCUGGGCCAAGCGACGGUGCCGAAUUCACGGACUAUGGCGUCCUGAAAGCUCCCAAGGAGAAAGUGUAUCUGAUCCGAGCCUAUCGGAACACGCAGUGGCGCAAAGUCGAUCUCAAACGGCUGGACUUCUCCAAGGGCUACACGUGGCCGCUUGAAGAUGGCUCGUUGGGUAUCGUGGACAUCACAGAUGCCGGUAAGAUCACUACUCCCAAACAAUCGGAGCUUUGA